CCAACGGGUGUUGUAUCCUCGGUUGUGAGUUUCAGUCUCGUUAGGCGGUCUGCGUAGCAUCGUAAUUUCACACAUCCAGGAAUGUCAUCCAGCCAAUAAUUAGUUCUUAAAAUUCAAGCGAUGCGAAAACUAUACCAUGAAAGCCAUAUGAAAUAUCAAUUAUACCCUUAACCGCCCUCCGAAGAAACAACUUUUUAAAUUUCUUGGUUGAUAGCUCCAAGAAUAUCCUCCAAGAUUUCUGAAACCCUAGUUUUCCGUAGGUUGAAUUCUAUGACUAAGGAAUUUGCAGUCCCGCCGGUGGUCUUUCCCUCCGGCGGAAACCCAUCAGUCGUCAGCAUCCAGAAACGGCGAGUCCCUUCGGCGCCGUUCCAGCCAUCUCGUGCCACAAACCCUAGCAUUCCCUUCAUGUCCUUCGAUAUCGGGUCCGUCACCACAGCAUCUCCCUCCCCCGCCACCCUGUACGGCGGUCCCAUCGGCGGCGCCACCACCUUCGAGGCCGAAGAACCCUUACUUGAUGAACUCGGGAUCCACCCAGACCAAAUCCGGAGGAAGACCCUUUCCAUCCUGAACCCGGUCCGUGUCAACGCCCAUCCCCACACAGACUCGGAUCUAUCCGGCCCUGUUCUCUACUACGUGGCCUUUUCUCUAUUCCAAUUACUCGCCGGGAAGAUCCAAUUCGGCGUAAUACUGGGUUGGAUCGUGGUUUCUUCCAUGUUUUUGUACGUUGUCUUCAACAUGUUGGCGGGUCGGACCGGAAAUUUGGAUCUUCAUCGGUGUACAAGCAUUGUUGGGUACUGCAUAUUGCCUGUAGCCGUAUUCUCGGCGGUGUCCCUGUGCCUUCCGGCCGGCGGGGUGGUGAGUUUCGUCAUGGCGGGGUUUUUUGUGCUGUGGUCGACUCGCGUUUGUACAAGCCUUCUUGUCCAGUCUUGUCCUGAUUGCGAGGAGCAUGGAGGAUUGAUAGCGUACGCCUGUUUUUUGAUAUACACGUUGUUCGCAAUGCUUGUCAUAUUCUAAUGGGGCUCAUUGGAAACCUAAUUUUGGAAAGGUUGGAGGUGGGUGCUGUUGCUAAAUUAUUUAUUUGAACAAAGUGCUGUAUCUUCUGAUCCGUUGAGGUAGGUAGGUCUACCUCUGCUGACUUGGUUUAUGGUUUAGGUGGAUGGGAGUAAAAAAUGUUCUUCCAUUUGAAAUUUAGAUCAUGAGCCUUUUUUAGAAUUAAAUGCCUGUUUGCAAGAUUGUAUUUAAAUACAAGUUUUUUUUUAAAAAAAAAAAAUGAAAAACAGUGUUUUAACUUAAAAAAUUCAUUUGACCAAGUUAUAGUACAAAAACUUUUUUUGAAAUUUUGUUUUGAAAACAAGUUACUUUUUGGAAUAAAUUUGAUGUGUUUUUAGUUGUUUUUUAUAAAAUAUUAUAAAAAAUAUGAAGAAUAUUUUGAGAAUUUUUGUAUUAUACCGAACUGUAUAAUAUUUUUAAACCAUGGUUUCUCAUAAAUUAUGAAGGAAAAAAAAUAAAGAGGAAAAGUUGAAAGAAAAAAAAAUUGAAAAAUAUAUUUAAAUUUAAUAAAUUAUUUUUAUAUACCACUAUAAACUCAUUUCACUUGUUUUUAAAAUAUAAUCAAAUACGAAAAUAUCAUUUUGAAAGGAAAACUAUUUUUAAUAUAUGAAUUUUGGAAUGAAAUUUUGGUCCCAAAAAUAAUUGAGAAUUGUUGUAAAAAAAAAAGCUUCUUUUUCAAAAACACUGUUAGACCCAAAAUGAGUCGUAUUUGUUUUCUACUUUGAUUCUUGUGUCAACUCGCAUGCGCUCUUCCCUUCCUCCCUGAAAAUGAUUCUUAUUAUAGCCUCUCUUGAUGAAAAGCUCCACCCUGACACCAGAAAAACGCUGACCAUCAACAAAUUCUAUAUCAUAGCAGGUUUAUCCCUAUUCUAUCAGAAUUCAUUGGGUAUGGUGAAGAAUCCACUCUCAACCCUGAACAUUGAGAACCAGAAGCUUAUUGCCGAAUAAAAUAAUCUAGUAUGCCUUUUUAUAUUUUAGAAUUCAGGCUUUGGGAUCAAAUCAAGUAUGCCCAGACAGAGCUCUGGAAGCUUGUAGAAAGGAAGAAAGAAGAACAUCUGGGAACAAAUUCGAAAACAUUAUCUGGAAGUGAUGGUUAUACAGUUUAUACUCUCAAUUCCAAGUACGGUAUUUAGGAUAGCGACUCCUCUGAAAUGGAUUUGGAAUUGGAAUGCAUUCGACCUGAACGCACUUAUCAUCAUGCACAUGUCAGCAAUACAAAAGAUUGGAAUUGGAGUUGGGAGUUGAAGUUUGGAGUACGAUUAUGCUUUGGAAUACCAACCUCCAACCUCCAUACACUCUCUCUGACCAUUGUAUAUUUGUUGAAGAGCGUUCAACUUACCAUCUUCCUUCUGCUCCCACCCAUCCCACAGUACAUAUUAUAUUAUAAAUAUGUUCCUAUAUAGUAUUUGAUAUUUUUCGUCAAAGCAUGCCCACCAUGGCUUCUGCUGUUAAGGAUUGUGCAGAACAUGGAGGAAGCAAUGAGGACAUGGAAGGAGAUGAUGAUGAUGAUGAUGAUGAUGAUCUCUUUGAGAUCAACCUGGAGGCUGUUAACACCAUCCCCCCACCACAUUACUGGGAAAGCUGUUUCACCAGGACGGGAAACACACUUCUGGCUAAUUGUUUGUUGCCCAUAGCUGAUGUUUCCAGUGCUGUUCCGAUGGAGGUACCAAAAGCAUGUAACAGUAACACACUCUCAUCAUUGCCGGGCGUGUCUAAUUUUCUUAUGAUUGCUAAUUCAGCGCCAGGAAAAUUUAUGGGAUUCUCCUCUUUAGGGGCUUUUGGCUUGCGACAGACUAGAGAAUGAAACCAUUUUUGGUUAUAGUGAUGAGCUGUGUUAGUUUGUACGCGUGUUGAAAUUGUGAACUCUAGUAAGGUCGUUUUUGUUUUUACAGGAUUUGACGGCACGGAUUCUAGACCCUGAAAAAUA